AUGUCUACCACAAAGUACAGCGGUGAUGAAAAACUGAUAGAAUAUGCUUUGAGCUCCCAAGAUUACAUUGACCAGUUCAUUCCAAUCAUAAAAUCUGAAUUACAAACAAAGAACUCUUUAAAUGAGCUGAUUGAGAAACUGGAGACGAUUCAAGUUCAAAAGGAACAUCAGCUUCAAGAUGUAUCAUAUGAGUCAAUUGAUGACAUUUCUGAUUCGGUCAAUGCGAUUACUGAUGUAGUUAGCGCAACUGAUGCGAUUGCAUCCACUAUCCAAAAUAUCAAUAAAGAACUACAUAAAUCAGGUAACGAGCUUUUGAAUGUCAAGCAAAAAGUAGUUAAUUAUGAACAGACAAAGGGGAGAAUAGUGGAAACCAACGAAAAAAUCAACUCGUGCCUUGAAAUCUUAAACCUCACAAACAAAAUUCUUGAUUUAAUCAAAAAUGAAGAUUUUUAUAGAGCUUUGAUAUUACUCAAAUCUCUGUCAAACAUCAAAGAAAUGGAGACUUUCCCAUUUAUUAAUAGAUUUUUAAACUCUAUUCCCUCUUUCAAAUUAAUCAUUGUGGAGGAGACAUUCAAUCAAUUGAACAGAUGGUUGAAUCUAAGUAUAGAAAAAAAUUUAACUGAUUUUGGUGAGCUAUUGUUUGAGCAUUUCCAAGUUAUCAAUGAUAGCUGGUUUGAAAAACAGUCUGCCGAUUCUAAAUUGCUUAGUUUUAAGGUAAAUACUCCGGUUGAAAUUUCAUUCAGGCCAAUUGAGUUUAAAACCUUUAAUCCGUUGGACAAAUUGAAAAUUAACUUACAGCCCCUCUAUCACUCAAUAUUAGUCUUUCACGAGCUAAAUCAGCUUCAAGACCUGAAGGAGUACAUUUCUAAUGAUAUAGUCAGAAGAAUAGAUCAUCUGUUUAUUCCAAUCAAGGAUUCCAUAACGAGGCAGAAUGUAUUCCCCGGUAAUGAAUCCUUGAGGAUCAAUUUAUUUUCAAUUUGCUCAUUCUCAAUCACAGAUAGAAUAAUGAACGAAAAAACCAAUUUUAAAAUAAGAUCUUUGGAUGAUAUACAAAGCACGUUUAAUAACAUCCAAAAGAAAUUUUUACCAUUAUUAGCCAAUCAUAUUGAAUUCUAUGAUUUUGACUUGAACGACCUAAUUGAGAUAAAUGAUAUUUUUGGAAUAUAUUACCAACUAUUGACUUAUUAUAACUUUAAUGCAGAACCAAUAUAUCGAUUAAUGUUAAAAGUCUUCAAGAAAUUUUGUGAUAAGUCUAUUGAAGAUGUCAACAAGAAAUAUACUCAAUUGUCAUUGAAUGAUAACUCACAACCACUGAUAAUUCAAUCACAAGAUGAGUUGAAUCGAAUCACUGACAAUGUUUUUUAUAUCUCUGCGGUUGCAAAGGAGAAUUUCCCUAUAACAGUUCCUUUUUCGGAGAUCUAUGUCAGCACAAGCCAAUUAUUAAAGAAUCUGAUCAGAGAUUUAUACGAAUUUGUUGCAAGGUAUUACACCGAAGAUAAUAAUGUGAUUAUAAAUAGAAUUUCUAGGUCUAUUGAUAAAGUGUUGAUAAAUAUAGUAUUGAAGGAUUUGGAUGACAAAAUUAAGUCCACGUACAAGGAAGUGGUUUCUCAGAAUUUAGUCAAUUUGGAUUUUUAUUCAAGCUCAAUAUACGAAAUUGAAAACUACCUAAAUUUCUCCGAAGAUAAGUUGGUAAUGAGAACAAGGAAGUUCUCGAGCGUAGUUAAGUUGGAUGCAAUAAAUGAGUUUAAAAAAGCCAGGAGAUUGGCAAUCGAGAGUAUGUUUAACAUGAUUGAUAGUAAGGUUCACUCAUUGUUUGACAUGGUUGAUUUUAAUUGGGAGUCUGAAGAAGUUGAGCAAUCUCCAAACACAGGAAUUAUUGAUUUAAUUGGGUUCUUACAAGAUUCUUUCAAAUUAAAUUUUUCCCAUUUACCGGAGUCUAUCAAAUCUCUAUUGCUACUCAAAAUUCUGGACAAGAUUGCAAAGUUUAUGGAAGAUUCAAUUUUUGAAGUGAAAAAACUAAACGAAAUCUCUAUAAAAAAUUUUUCCCAGGAUAUUGAAUACAUAGAAGCAUCGAUUAGCAACUUUUACGAUUCAAAAAGUAAUAUCGAUGAAACUUUGAUGGAACCACUGAAGAACUUAUUUACCAAGUUGCAACAAAUUAUAGAAUUGCUAAUGGAUGGUACAUUCGACAAUUAUAAAAACGAUGAUAUAAGAAUGAGAAAUUUCAACAAGAUAGCACAAGAAGAAGCUGUUAGUUUGAUCAAUAAAUUAUCCAAACCUGUUGAACUUGAAAAUGAAACACCUGAACCUUCGGAUGAUUCUCAGGAUGAUGUAAGGUCUAUUUUCGGAUUGAAAAGGUCCGCUACAACUUUUACUUUCAGAAAAUGA